UGGAAUUUGUACGUGUGGCGCGAACGACUAAAGAACAAACGGCAUCCGAAGCAACAGGCGAGCGGAGGAUGUGACGCAAGCCUCAGGAUAAGGUGAGGCCAAAGAGGAGUCUGUAGACGUGAAGUAUUCGCUCUCUCAGCUGCGAGGCGUCUCCACCUCCUGCGAGAUGUCCCCUCUACCACUGGCCCAAAAAACGCAACCGUUAGACUGAGAAGCAAAACACAACAGAAGAAGACCGUUCCACGGAGAGACCAAAGAGACCCCUCGUACCUCAGUGAGACGCCUUUCGUUACAAUUAGACACCUCCAUAUCUGAGACAUAUCUCCAAGUCAUCUACAGCAAGGAACGGUACCAGAGAGCCGGGCUCCAUGCCUCUGCUGGCUUCCGUGUCCAUAGUUAACCCCGCUUGUUAUGUUUAGCGUGUGCUGACACACAUGAUCCCGCGCACGCUAAGGAGGGCGUUGGAGGAGGCGAGGCGGGAGCACAGGGCACGUGAAGCCCAGACAGAGAGUUUGCAAUACGAUGGAGAGGAGGAGCGUGACGGAGUUGUGUAUAGUGUGUACCUGCGCACCACAAGCACACACCAGACUCCGGUUAGAGUGCUAGCUCUACGGGCUGGCACGCUGGUAAGAAUUGUCCUCCACCUUUUGGAUGCCCGAACCCUGGGGGACACUUCCUAUAUCCCAGCGUUUCUUGCAACGUACCGUGCCUUCACCAGCACCGCCGAAGUGCUGCAUAUACUGUUGGGCAGGUUGGAGAGCGAUGCUCAAAAACCGAGAGGCGAAGAUGGUGGAAAAGAUGAUGAUAUCAGCAGUCUCUUCUGUGGCUGGAUGUCUCAGUAUCCCGAGGACUUUGCCUCCCUUGACCCCGAUAAGAGGAAGCGUCUGUCUCUGUGCCUUUCGAAACUGAUGAAAUCCAACCUGGUGGCAAAACUGCAGGAGCUGAGCGUGGAACAGAAGGAGGACCAAGAGCUUCUCCCCACGCUGGCAGAAGAGACAAGUCCCUCCGACCCACUAGACAUCCUGGCCUUCCAGGCUGGACACGUGGCGGAACAACUGACCUCUAUGGAAGCUACACUUUUCUUGCGGGUUGUCCCAUACGAAUGCCUAGGAUCGGUGUGGUCUCGGAGAGGCAGAGGAGGAGAACAGGGCGAUCGCUGUCACAGCGUCAAAGAGACUGUCCGUCACUUCAACCGUUUGUCGGGGGCCGUGACAUCCUCCUGUGUAAAAGACCCCCAGCUCAGACCUCAGCAGAGAGCCCGGGUCAUCGAGAAGUGGGUGAGGGUGGCAGAGGAGUGCUGGAGUCUCAGGAAUUUUUCGUCCGUCUACGCCAUUAUCUCAGCUUUACAGAGCACAGCCGUCCACCGUCUAAAGAAAGUGUGGGCCGAGACUUCCAGGGAGAUCCAGCGCAGUUACCAGGAAAUAAGCGAAGUUUUCUCAGAGAAGGACAACUACGCCCGAAUGAGAGAGCUGCUGUUCCAGUCUCAGGACUCCUCGGAAGUGACCUCUAAGAGACACCCCCCUCGCUCCAAAGACCCAAGAGCAGCGGGCGUUAUUCCAUACCUGGGGGUCUUUCUUACAGACCUUGUCAUGUUAGACUCGGCCAUCAGGGAUCAUCUAGAGACUGGAUAUCUAAACUUCGAGAAGCGGAGAAAGGAGUUUGAGUCUCUCUCACAUAUACGUCUUCUGCAAUCGGUCUGCCUCGGCUAUCGCUUUGAUACUGACCCACAAUUUGUAAGCUGGUUCCGGAGACUGCAGCCAAUCAGCGAGGACGACAGCUACCGACUGUCCUGUGACAUCGAGCCCACUCAGGAUACGGUUUCUAAUACAACCCCUGUGAGACCGACGGUGAUCAUCACGCACUGCACAGACCUUCUGGCCUCCAUUGUUGCUCCAUUUGGCCCCGGCUUGCACCUGGUGUCCUGGGACUCACCCUGUGAGCGACUGAUGACCCCCAGCCUUAGCCAGCAGCACAAGAGCCCCUCAGUGCCGGCUCUCGACACCCUGGAGUCUCCCAAGCAAACUCUCAAAGGUUUUCCGUCCGCCGGCACCGCGGGUCGCACGCACAGGCGCUCGGCUUCCUGCGGCAGCACCAUAAUCUCCGCGUCGCAGAACAGCGGCCCUCUGAACCACGCGGCGGAUCUGCAUGCAUCUUCCGACCCGACAGGAGAUCAUCGCAUCAUCCGUGUAAGAGUGGAGCCCGCCGAGGAGAACAGCGUGUACAAGAGUGUGCGGGUGAGUGCGCGGAUCAGCAGCCAGGAGAAGGCGCCCGUGGUUAUUGACCGAAUUCUCAGGAAACAUCAUAUCGACACCCAGGGGCAGCAUGAACUAGUGCAACUACUGCCGGGGGGCAAAGAGCUAAUUAUCCCGGGAACGGCGAAUGUCUUCUACGCCAUGAGCUCGGCCAGUCUGGAUUUCCUGCUCCGUCCGCAACAGCCUGCGCGACCGCCGCUUUCUCCCACCGUGCGGCAUGCCACCCGCAUGCAGAUCAGCGCCACCUUUCCUAAGGUUAAAGCCAAGGCGGGGGACCUUGCAAGGGUCCUCUUCUAGAAGAGAUGGCGCAUCGGAGGGUUCGUUCUUCUUUGGGGUCAAGAACAUGACCAGGUCUUGAAGAAAACGCGAGACGACGGAUCGUGGUGCAAAAUAGCUACCAAGCAACCACUUUUUCUGCCCCGCAAUGCCUUCCAGGUUGGGUGGGCCGGGGUAAUCUGUUACGUAUUGAACAGAACGGUGCUUCUGCAUUUGCAAAAAGGACCCGAGCGAUCAAACGAGGAAGGGUUUCCGUUUUUUUUUUCCCAGCCCGGCCGUUGACAUCAGACUGUAUCGUGCUGCUGCGUUCUAUACACUAUCACUAAAACACUAUGUAUCCUUUAUAUCCUGUAACUAAAGAUCCAUGUAAUGUUUUUAAUGACUUUGUGCCUAUAAAUAACUGUGUAACUGUUUUUAAUGAGUAAAAAUGCUGCUUCUUUGCCAAA